GAAAACGAGAAAAGCAGAAGUGAAAAUUGUUGAGAACAGCCUUUCACACCAUGGUAGAGGGGGAGAAGGAUUGAGAAUUCCGGGUAUCAUUGAGAAGAGAUGCCCAGGUAAUUUCCCAUAGAACAGCUGGUGCGCAUGCGCACUUGGGUGUCACCGACGAAAGCGCGUUCCCAGCAGGUUACCUCGGAAGCGCAUGCUCGUGGCGCGUGCAUGAGCCUCUCGAGCCGACGUGCGCGCGCCCCGCGUCCGAGGCGAUUGGUAACCGGGAGUUGGGUGAAGCGCUGUUCGAGGUGACUGAAGGCAAAGCACGCGUCGAAAGGACGGUUCCAGGAGCCUUUCUAACGGCGGAAAGGCCCUGACAACCGCCGCGACCGUGUUUGGGACCCGGCUGCGCAGGGGCUACGGGAGGCCUCGUGCGUCAGGGCGGCCGAGCUUGGCCUGCCGGUUGGGGGAGGGGUCGGGGUGGAGCCUGAGCCUGGGGGACCUGCGGCGGCGGUUCUUUUCCCCACCCCCACCCCCACCCCCACCCCCACCCCCACCCCCACCCCCAGAGCUUUCGCUGCCGGGGAGCCGGAUGGAAUCGUCCCUUUUGAUUGUGGCCCGGAAAAGAGUGGGAUGUCGUCAAGAAAUCGUUACGCUGGGUAACAGUCGGAAUACCAGUUAAAUGUUGACCUCUCUCGUUCGCGGCCGGCCGCGAAGUUCCUUACCUUGAAAAACGCCGGAUCUGCUAUCGGUGUUCCCGGGCUUGAAAAACCAGCCCUGUCACCGGUGAGAGGUCCGGUUCACGCUGCGCUCUCGCCUGUGAGGAAGGAAGGAGAUUUAGUGGCGCUAUAAUCUUAAUAUUUUAUACCUGGCAGGGAAGCGUAAAAUCCAGUCCCGACAGCUCCAGACCCUCGCUGCUGUGGUGAAGGUAGUGUGGAGCCCUCUGUAAAUGUCACAAGACGGUUUAAUACAGGGGCCCUCUGAAAACUGAUGAUCAAAGUAAUGUGUGAACAAGAUUUGAAAGUCAAAUAAUACAGAAAAGUGGAUAAUAAGGCAAUUCCUGCCGUACCCUUUUCCAUUUCAGUCUCUUGCCUCUGAGGCAACGUUUAACCAAGAAUAAGGAAUAAUAAUCCCUUCAUGCCCAUCUCGUCUUGAUACAACAGUUUGAUUUUUUACAUUUCCUCUGUCUUAGCCCUUCAUGAGGCGUUUUUACUAAAAGUCAUGGUUAUUGUGUAAUGUAUAAACAUUAUGAAACUAGCUUGGACACUUUUUUCAUGAAUUUCUAGCUGAAUUUAAUUUAGACAUCUGUUUUUGGUGAAGUGAUUAGAAUUUUGAGCACUGUCUUACGGGUCAAAUUCAUUUGUGAUUAUGAUUUCACUUUAGGGCAUGUGGGAUUUAGAAAGGAGCCGUGAAAAUUAGGAAAUUGUGAGUGCUCCUUUGGAUAUUAAAUCCGUUGCACCAAACAUGAGCUGUGUGAUCUGCCUAGAGAUCAAAGCUAUAAUUUGUUUUGUUUUGUUUCUUGCACUGUGGUUUAGUAAGAGUUUUAAUUUACCUCAAAUGGUAUUUCUCUGUAAUGCUUGAGAGAAAGGGAUAAUGCUGUGUAACUCUGAGGCUUUGAUAGUGUGUGCGUGUUUUUUUUUUCUUCCCCCCCACAGGCAAUUAUUUCCAGUGAGAUAAGGAAACCAGUGGCCGGCAUUCUUAUCAGCUUUCUAUCUGCCAUGAUCAAGUGCUUGUCAGUUGAAGUACAAGCCAGAUUGCGUUCUGGUUUGGCUAUAUGCUCCUUAGGCCAGUGUGUUGAGGAGCUUGCCCUCAACAGUAUUGAUGCUGAAGCAAAAUGUGUGGCUGUCAGGGUGAACAUGGAAACCUUCCAAGUUCAAGUGAUAGACAAUGGACUUGGGAUGGGGAGUGAUGAUAUAGACAAGGUGGGAAAUCGUUAUUUCACUAGUAAAUGCAACUCUCUACAGGACUUGGAGAAUCCCAGGUUUUAUGGUUUCCGAGGGGAGGCCUUGGCAAGUAUCGCUGACAUGGCCAGCGCUGUGGAAAUUUCAUCCAAGAAAAACAGGACAGGGAAAACUUUUGUGAAACUGUUUCAGAAUGGAAAAGCCCUGAAAGCUUGUGAAGCUGACUUGACUAGACCAAGUGCUGGGACAACCGUAACAGUAUAUAACCUGUUUUAUCAGUUACCUGUAAGAAGGAAAUGCAUGGAUCCUAGACUGGAGUUCGAGAAGGUUAGGCAGAGAAUAGAAGCUCUCUCACUCAUGCACCCUUCCAUUUCUUUCUCUUUGAGAAAUGAUGUUUCUGGUUCUAUGGUUCUUCAGCUCCCCAAAACCAAAGACGUAUGCUCCCGAUUUUGUCAAAUUUAUGGACUGGGUAAGUCCCAAAAAUUAAGAGAAAUAAAAUUUAAAUAUAAGGACUUUGAGCUUAGUGGCUAUAUCAGCUCUGAAGGACAUUAUAAUAAGAAUAUGCAAUUUUUGUUUGUGAACAAAAGACUAAUUUUAAGGACAAAGCUGCAUAAAUUCAUUGACUUUUUACUGAGGAAAGAAAGUAUUAUUUGCAAGCCAAAGAAUGGCUCUGCUACUAGACAAAUGAAUUCAAGUCCUCGGCAUCGGUCUAACCCAGAACUCCACGGGAUAUAUGUAAUCAAUGUGCAGUGCCAGUUCUGUGAGUAUGAUGUGUGCAUGGAGCCAGCAAAAACGCUGAUGGAAUUUCAGAACUGGGAUACUGUUUUGGUUUGCAUUCAGGAAGGAGUGAAAAUGUUUUUAAAGAAAGAAAAAUUAUUUGUGGAAUUAUCAGGUGAGGACAUUAAAGAAUUUAGUGAAGAUAAUGAUUUUAGUUUAUUUAGUGCUACUCUUCAGAAGCAUGUGCCCUCUGAUGAGAAGGGUGACCAGGCCAGUUUCCGAGAAGCAUGUAAUAGUAUUUUGGAUUCCUAUGAAAUGUUUAAUUGUCAAUCAAAAGCUGUAAAAAGAAAAGCUGCUAUAGAAAACAGAAGAAACACACAGAAUUCUAGAGAUUCAGAAGAUCUCAGAAAAGAGACAGAUGAUUCAUUUUUGUACGUUUAUGAAUCAGACGGCUCAGGCCAUAGUAAAGCAAUAGAGUCAUCUUUACAAAUCAAAGAUAGCUCUUGCUCAGAAUCAAGGAUCUUGGAACAACAGACAGCUGAAGUAUCAGAAUCAGGAGAAAAUGAAAAACAUAAAGAACUUUGCUUAGAACUUAACUGUUCAGAAGAUCCCUGUGGAACCAGUUCAGAAAUGUUUGCAAGCCCUUUUCAGACAUCAUACUGCUUUGAGAAGAGUGGGGAUGAUUUAGAAAUACAGAAUGCAAGUACUAUUGUUAAUGGCCUGGCUACCAGUAUCCUGGAAAAUAAUGGAACCCAGAAUAAACUAGAGAGAUUUAAAGAUGCUACCAAAAUGGGAUGCCAACCUCUGCCUUUUGCGCCAACAUUAUCGAGAGUACAUGGUGCUCAGAGGGAGGAAGAGAAAAGGAAAAAACAACCUAGUAAUUGUGGAAGAAUAAACAUUUUUAGUUAUGGACAAGUUAAGUUAUGUUCCACUGGCUUUAUAACUCAUGUGGUACAAAAUGAGCAAACUAAAUCAACUGAAAGAGAACAUUUGCUUAAAAACUAUAUUCAACCUGGUCCUGUGAGUGCCAAAGAAACAUUUGUAAAUAGAGCGUGCCAUUCAGUUGAGACUCCAAACAUCAAAGACAGAACUAGCACUUUAAGUAAAGAAUUUGCUCAACUGUCUAACAAAAAAUUAUGCAGAACAAAUACAAAUUUGGGGCUAGAGAACAAACCUAUAGCAACUUAUAAAAAUGUUUCUAUUUCUCAGGAAAGUAGUAAAAAAUCACACAUAGGUUGCUUAUUACCUGACACAUCCUCUUCUUCCCCUUGGUGUAUACCUCUUUCAAAUGGUAGUACGAAAAUAGACGAAUUGAUUGGUUCCUCCAAACCCAUAGCCCGUAAGAAGCUAAGAUUAAGUUCACAACUGGGAUCUUUAGAGAAGUUUAAGAGGCAAUAUGGGAAGGUUAAAAAUCUUCUGAAUAUAGAAGUAGAAGAAAAUAAUAAUUUUGAAAUCUCUACCAGUCUCAGUCCUCAAAUAGAACCUGACAUUCCAUGGACAGACCAAAAUCACUUGGACAACUCAGACAUUUGUAAAGUCACUAGUAAACAUAAAGACCCAAAUAAUAGUUGUCAAACAGUAAGUCACAUCCUUUACUCAAAGAAGUUUCCAUUCUCCAAUGAAGAAGAUUGUUUGGAACAACAGAUGCCUUGCUUACGAGAAAGUCCUAUAACUCUAAAGGAGUUAUCUCAUUUUAACAGAAAACCUUUGUGUGUCAAGCAGUCUCCUAAAUCUUUAGCCUCUAAAUUAUCCAGAAUGAAAGGUUCGGAAAGAGAGACUCAAGCAAUGGAAAUGAUGAGUCACUUUUAUGAACUUCCACUAUCAGAUUCCAGGAGGAAAGACCAUGACUUGUGCAGUGGGUUAACCUUAGAUUCUUGUAAGUUAUUUCAAAGUGAAUAUGAAAAAACAGAGAGUGGCAUCAUUCCAAUGUUGGACUCUAUCACACAGGAUAAUUCCUUCAAUAAGGAUAGUGAAACAUACUCUAACAACAAAACAGAGAACUCUGUGAUACCAGAAACUCCUUUGGUGUUACCCUGUAAUCAUUCUAAUGUUGUCAGUAAAGAUUCAGAUGUUCUUGUGGCUUCAGAACCACAGAUAGGAAGUCCUGACUCUCCCAGUAGAAUGUCAGUGGGUCACGUGGAAGAUUCCACCUCUGACCAAAAUGGACCGUGUUUUCAGAGUGAAGAGUUUAUAGCAAGAACUUGUUCUGUAGAUGAAGAGUCAAGCACAUGUUCUUUGGAUUGGCAGCAGCAUUUUGAUGUGGCCCUGGGAAGAAUGGUUUACAUCAACAAAAUAACUGGACUCAGCACAUUCACUGCUCCCACUGAGGAUGUUCGGGCUGCUUGUACUAAAGACCUAACAACUGUAGCUGUGGAGGUCAUACAUGAGAAUGGAUCUCAGUACAGGUGUCAUCCUUUUAGAAGCAACCUCGUUCUUCCUUUCCUUCCAAGAGCUCGGGAAGAGAGGACUGUGAUGAGACAGAAGACCAGAGAUACUGUGGUGGAUGAUCCUGUAGGUAGAGAAUCACUUCAGUCUUUGUUCUCAGAAUGGGAAAAUCCAGUAUUUGCCCGUUAUCCAGAGGUUGCUGUUGAUGUAAGCAGUGGCCAGGCCAAAAGCUUGGUGGUUAAAAUACACAAUGUCUUGUAUCCUUAUCGUUUCACCAAAGAAAUGAUUCAUUCAAUGCAGGUUCUCCAGCAAGUGGAUAACAAGUUUAUUGCCUGUUUAAUGAGCACCAAGACUGAAGAGAAUGGCGAGGCAGUGAGAGGAAGCAGGACAAAUGCAGCUGGAAUGAGAGCAUGGAGAUGAGGCCAGAGAAGUAGGUCACAGCCAGUUCUUAAGUGUCAGUUACUGUCUUUGUAUUUGUCUCAACCCCGACUGGGAACAAUGGAAAGCUUUUUGUUUUCUUUUGUUAUUGUUUGUUUUUGCAGUGAUACAUGUCACAUUGCAUUUGUGCCUUGGAAAUACUGCUCUGAUUGCAGUAUGGAGAAUGGGUUGGGGCUGGGGUAGAGUCCCAGUAAUUGCAGAGAGACUGUAGGAGGAUACUGCAAUAUCUAAAGAUGAUAGUUGGUGAAGACCAGGGUGGACUGGAGAAAAGCGAGUGCACUAGAGAGAUAGGUAGGUCAGCAGCGUUCAGUGAUGCAUUGGGUAUGGCAAAGGAAUCAAAGAUGACUCCUCAUUUUCUGACCUCUUCACUGAGUGAAUGAUGCAGGACCAGGUGACAGAGAUCCCAAGGAGAGCCUCAGAAAUCUGUCCCAUGUAGGACUGAAGGAGGCUAGGGUUAAAGAAGGCUUGUUUUUCAUUUUUCUUUUUAAAUGAGAAGACUUGAACACAUUUAUGAGGAAUGCUUGAUAGUGUAUGGCCGAGAGCUCUGAGCACCUGUGGAGUGCUUGGGUCCAGACAGGCAGACGUGCAGGGGGAUGCUUUGAAAAUUUGGAAGCAGUUCAUUCUCUUUGUAUUCCAGAGUAUUCCCUUUUAUCUUGCUUAUGUUGUAGAUUUAUUUAGUAAAUGUCAUAAUAGAUCAAAGGCAAAUUAAAAGUGCUGUCAAAAUUGUCAUAAAUGUGAGUGAAAGUCAAAUUCUAGUAGUUUCAUCAUUUUGGGAAAAUGAACAGAUUUUUUUCUAAGGUUUUGAUUACCUGGA